CAUAAAUAUUUUAAAAGACUUCGUUAUACUUAAGAAUGCUUGUAUCGUUGAUGCUCGGACUGGCACUGCUCUUCGUCGGAAGAAAGGUCUUAGCUGUUGAUAUUUCAAUGAAUAUUCAGCUUGGAGGAAAUACAAUGACGUCAACAUGCGAUAACGAAGAUAUAAUUACUGCAACCAAUAAGGAAGAACUUCGACAGAAAUUACAAGAGAAGCUCGAGAAAGCGCUAGCUGGCAACAUAGGCGAGGACGUGACUAUAUCAACUCACAUUUACCAAAAUGGAAAUCCAAUACCAGUCUCAAAAUAUGACGUCACAACUGAUGACGUCACCAGCAAACAAGUUACUUCUACCCAUUCCACCCAGACUGUCCUCGAGUCCACCCCAAGCCUAAUAACAACUGAGUUCACCACAAGAUCCGGAACUUCGACUGCACCUGAUCUUUUUGAGUCUAUGCAAACAACAGAUUCCCCUACUUUGACUACCAGUGACGUCAUCACGUCUGACGUGUCAACUACAGUAUCUAUGGAAACAAGCACUAAAAACCCACUUUGUGAGUUGAAGAUUGGACAUAAUUGCUACUGGGCGCAGCCACAGAUGCGUCAGCAACACAACAGAGGAACUCUCAAUUUCACCACCGCUGAAGCUAUCUGUAAAGCUCAAAACUCCCAACCCGCUAACGUACCUGACGAAAACUCGUAUAAGGAAAUGAUCGAGUAUCUUCAAAGUAAAAUUUUGACGAGACAGAUGAGCUUCUGGACAGGAAUCAAAGUUAAUCCCCGAACUGGAACUCGCACACCCAAUGACGCUUUCAUUUCGUGGCAAAAUAAAACGAAAACUACGCCGCCGUUCACUGGUGCGGCCUACACGAAUGUAUUAUUUCAAAUUAACCAGAGAAACUACAAUCUUAUCCGAUCUUACAUGCAAAACCGGGAACCGGGGUUCAAAGCUCAUGGUGUUAUCUGUGCGUAUAAACCGCAUUAG